CAUGUCGCUAAGUAGGAGCAGGUGGCCCAUAUAAAAAGUCUUCGUUGUUGUGUUUUUAUUUGUGCGUGUUCUCCAUGCGGGACAAAUGUCUUAUAUUUAAUAGAGUAAAAAUGCCACAUUGCUGUCCUGUUUCGUUUACGUGUGUUUUAAAGCGCGUCAAGGUAGCGUUAGCCUGUUAGCUUCGAACAAAAAGGCACGGAAGUUAGGAUCACAUGUCAAGUGUUGUUAUUGUGUGCGAAUGUGUACAAAGUCUGAGAGCGUUGGGGAACGAGUGACUAACAACUGUUGAAGAAGAAAUACUUGUAGCGUUAGAAAGAAAGAUAGCAAACGACGAGGAGGAAAUUUCCCAACGAAACAGGAGCACGAGCGACAACGUCAACUCCUGCCUCAAAUGGAGUCACACAGAGCAGAUGUCGGUGAAGAAAAUCUUCCCCCGGAGGAGCAGGAGAUACAGUCCCCCCACGUUAAAGAAGAAGAAGAGGAGCAGUCUGAGCCGCCCCGCAUUAAGGAGGAAGAUGAGGAGCACAGCAUCAGUCGGGGGAAAAAGCAGCAGGCGGAUGCUGACAUCAGCAAGAUUCCAGUGACUUGUGUGACUAUGAAGAGUGAAGAUGAUGAAGACAAAGUUCAGGGGGCACAGAUUAAUCACAGUCAAAGUGAGGAGAGGAAAGGGGCGGAGCCGCCGAGCAGCAGCUCUUGUCAACGCAUGACGGCAGAAGCCGACGUUGGAGGACCGCAAGGGGACAGCCUCCUAGCGCCGCUAUCAGAUAGCGAUGACACGACGUCACACUCUGCUGACACUGACGAUGAAGACUAUAAAGCUGAUGUGACACGUCACGCUGGCAGGAAACCCUUCAAAUGCUCUCAGUGUGACAAAACCUUUGGCAGCAAAAGUAAUUUAAAAAGGCACAUGGGAUGUCACACGGGGGAAAAACUAUUUAGCUGCUCAGUUUGCGGUAAAGAAUUCUCCCAGAAGGGAAUUUUAAUGAGACACACUAGAACACACACUGGAGAGAAACCUUUUUCGUGCCCAUUCUGUGCCAAAAGAUUCUCUAUUAAGGGAAAUUUGAUCACACACACGAGAAUACACACCGGAGAGAAACCUUUCUCCUGUUCAGUCUGCAAAACGAGUUUCACUGUUCGUUCGGCGUUGGUUCAACACAUGAGGACGCACACCGGCGAGAAACCUUUUCCUUGUUCGUUUUGUGGGAAAACCUUUUCUCAAAAAGUCAGCUUGAUGACGCACAUGAGGAGACACACCGGAGAGAAGGUGUUCAGCUGCAAGGCAUGUGAUGAGAGAUUCUCUCAUAAGUACCAGCUGAACAAACACAAGUGUGCCGGCGAGGAGAGCGGCAGAAAAUGAAGGAAUGAAAUAGUCAAUUCUACUUUUUUUAUUUGUAUUUUUUUAAAGUUUGACCAAUAUUUUGUGGAUUAAGGUGUACACCUUUCACGUAGCAAAAAAAUGCUGAGGUGGAUGAGUCUGUUUUGCUUUUUCUGUCUUCAAUUUUUUGCACUAUUUCUUCCAAAAGAAGAAUGAGCAUCCACAAAGGGACAGGAAGUUCUGUAGACGGGAAGUGGCGGGACGCAAGCAGACUCUCAUGAAUCGCCGUAAGACUCCAGCGUCACCAUGCGCUAAUUUUUAUACAAUGAACUGAACUAUAAAUGACUGCUUUGCUUCUUUUUACACUUGUACGACGCUUAAGAAUGUUAUUUGAGAACGAGCGAUGAUAUUUGAACAGGACGAGUCUGUUAAUUUAAGGUUGUGUGUUGUUGAUUCAAGGUGUUUUCCAGCGCCACUUGCAGUCUGAGCGUUGUUCUGCUCGAUACGACGCUGGCAUGGAAACAGGAGUUCGGAACACUCAGCGACCGGGUCGUACUUGACUGUUUUUACAUCAAACUGUCCAAUUUCCUUUGAUGUCAACCCACCAAAAGAGCUCAAAUCAACUUCCUAUGUUGUUUUGAAAAAGUAUAUGUCAAUCUACUAGUUUAAUUUCUACUACGUUGCACUCGUAUGCGUAUGCGAGCAGCCCCGCCUCCACCCCCCGGGCAAAGAGCCUGUAGGACUGACUAAAGGGCUCACUCUCCGUUCACGCCGCCAAGUUGCUGAAACCAAUGCACAGGAUGAACCGUCUUCUUGCCUGUUUGGGGGCAAGAGAGGAGGAAAACGGACACGCGUGCACAUGGCGAUAUAUUGAGGCCGGCAAAAUGAUUGAGUUCAUUUUCAUUUAUCGUGUGAUUCAUUCAUUCAUUCAUUAUCGUCCCAGGCCUAAUGCCUGAACGAGAAACCUUGUGUCAGGAGAUCUUGUGACGCCCCUCGUGUUAAGUCAUCGUCGUAUUCUAUCUAAAAUAAACAGUGCUCGAUGUCACGUUCUGUGGUGAUUAUUUUUUGCUUUUUUUGGCCACUCCUACGUGAUAAUGUGUUCUUUAAGCAAACAUGGAGAAGUCCUUGUGUUUCUUGUGUUCAAACCACGUUACAAAGGCAACAUUUCACGCAAAACUUCAAAAUCCUAAGAUUGAAAAGUCAGUUUUUGCUUUUUUCUCCUCCCUUAAGCAAAGGUGUGUAAACAAAAUGAAAUCAUUAUCACAUGAUCCAGAAGUAUUCAUGCAUUCAUAAAAUGUAUAUAUCUGUAAGGUCUUAAAUAAAUGCAUUCA